ACGGCGGCUGUGCAUCAGUGCCUUAGCAGACCUUCCAUCGGUCUUGACGCCCCGUCCCAGGCGCCAGCACGCACGCACUCAGUGCCUCUGUUGUCUUGACUGCCGCACAGUGGCACUGGGUCACAGGUGUGACGCCUUGCACGGGCCACACGCCACCCGCAGGCACUUCAUAGUGUGUGGCGAGCCCUAAUGACCCCUGGCGUGCAGUGUUUGCAAGGGUAUUCGCGGGGAGCAAGUGAUGACAGCUCUGCCACUGGGCUAUUGGUCCAGACUUCGACAGCGUGCCCAGUUGAUUAUUAAUAUCGUUUUCUAGCAGUGAAUACGUUGGUGAGAGAAGGCAACCACCUGUCUCAUUCAUAUGUGAAGCAAGCCACUUCGUGCGUGCCUCCUUCGAGAAUCCUGAGGGGCGUGGUGGCCAGGCAAGUAGUAAGAACUGGCGGGUCGUGUAUAGAGUGGGCGUGUGUGGCGUGUGAGGUGUAUGCGUGACUCGUGUACUACCAGGAGCGGCUUGUUGGUGGAGGCUGGGGGAGAGUACUAUCCCGGCUGGUGUGUCACCAAGUGCAUCACUGCCAUGUACGGCAGUUACACAUCUGCUGGUCCCACCUCCACGCAGGUGUAUGGAACACAGCUCACAGACAGUCCCGGGCCGUCUGCCGUGGCCCACCCGCCUGUUGAGUCCCUCAUGUUCUCAGUGCCACCGCCCCAAGUCUGCUCCACCAGGCACGAUCCCUGCACAGCCUGUAUCUCAUGCACGUCAUGCGGGCGAGGCACUCACCACUACCACCACUCUCCCACGUCGGGCCUUGCUUCCGCCUCGCCCACCUCCGUCCCCUCAAACCAAUCGGAGGAGGACCGCACGCUGGCUCUUCAAUUGCGAGCAGCCGCAAUCUUCAACAAAACUGACGUGGCCAUGCCCGGAGGGAACCUUGGCGGGGCUCCUGCCUCCCUCGGUCCGCCUCCUCCAUCCACUUCCACAUUUCCUUACCCCCCGCCGUCUCACUUAACACCCUUUACCCACCCCGCCCAGUCAUGUGACACUAGUCCUACUCAGUAUUGCACGUGCAGUGCCUCUCCCUCCAGUAACUGUUCCAGCUCCUCGUCGCCCCUCCCGUCGUGUCCAUACCAUUGUUUUGCUCUCACGUCAACCACCACCACUACUACAUCAGUGGCAGUAGCAACAGCUUUCUACCCCAACACAGUCAUGACCACCCACGCCAACACUGACCUUGCCUCCAAAACAGCCUCCACCACUACUACCAGCAUCACCGCUUACCUUGACUCUCCGUCUCCUUCAGGGAUGAAGCGGAUGUCGGAGAUGGAAGGAGAGACGCCACUUAAACGCCCCCGCCCCGCCGGCGACACAGAACUGCGACUUCUUAUCCAGAGCAAGGCUGCUGGCUCCAUCAUCGGGAAAGGAGGACAGAACAUCUCCCGUUUACGCAGUGAGAAUCCAGCCAGUAUUACCGUGCCCGAUUGCCCAGGCCCCGAACGAGUGCUGACCAUCGGCGGCUCGGAGGAGGUGGUGCUGAAGGUGCUGAAUGAAGUGCUUCAGUGCCUGGACGAGGCGCUGCAGAAGGGGAAUGAAUCCGAUGCCCGCAUGCUCGUGCACCAGAGUCAGGCCGGUUGCAUCAUCGGCAAGGCUGGCUCCAAGAUCAAGGAACUGAGAGAGGAAUGUGGGGGACAAAUCAAAGUGUACACAAACUGCUGUCCCCAGUCCACCGAUCGUGUCAUCCAGAUUACUGGCGACCGUGACCGCACCGUCCUCACCAUCACUCGGAUAAUUGAACUUUUGAAGGAGAGUCCCAUCAAGGGAAUGAACAAUCCCUAUAAUCCCCACAACUUUGAUGAGUUCUUUGCCAAUGAAUAUGGAGGUUGGGGAGAGUCACCUAAGGGCAGAUUCCCUGGUGGCCCUAUGGGUCGUGGUCCCCCCCACAUGGGUCCUGUGGGACCAAUGGGUCGAGGUCCAAUGGGACCACCAGGUGGACCACCAGGAGGUCCUCCAGGACCACCACCAUUUGGGCGACGUGGUCCAAUGGGACCACCUCAUGGUCCUCCUCCUCCUAUGCGGGGUCCACCAAAUGGAGAAUUUGAAGGGAUGCUUGGGAAAGGCAAACCAUUCAUGAAUGGUAGUGACCCACACAAUGGAGACCUGCCUACAACCUCAACUCAGGUUUUACAGGUGACAAUCCCCAAAGAUGCUGCCGGGGCUAUCAUCGGCAAGGGAGGUGCAAGGAUCCGCAAAAUCCGUUCCGACUCAGGAGCUUCCAUUUCCAUUGAGGAUUCUCGACCUGGCACCAAUGACCGCAUCAUCACCAUCAAUGGAAGUGAGCCUCAGAUCAAACAUGCCCAGUACCUUCUCCAGCAGAGUGUGCUGGAGUAUGGGGGCCAGCAUUACCAGGGUGGAGACUAUGAGGAGCAGACUAGCGUGAGGGAGUUUGGAGGUCAGACUGGCCGCAGAUACUAAGCACCACCAGUAAGUCCAGCCAUCUUCAGAUUCUCAUAUUGAUGAAGUAGAUACACAUUACCACACUCAUGCAAAAAGGCUAAACCACUAGAUUUAGGGAUUUGUUUGGAAGUUCUAACACAAGUGCUGUAGAAUGUUUACUCUAGGUUCAAAGAUUAAAAUGCCUCUUCCAAGGUGAGGCUCUUGAUGUAGGAAUUUAGCAAAUCAUUGCUAAAGUGUCAGAAUUGCAGUAGUAUUCUGCCAAGCUGAGCUGGAUAAAGAUUGCCACAAUUUGCACUGUUUUAACAUGUUGAUAGUUAAAAAAAAAUAAUUUGAGAUUGUAACUAUGCUUGGGGGACUUUUUUGAAGCACAAAAUGAGUCCAGUUAGGUUGAUUGUACCUGCUUCAGUGAUGGUAUAGAUAAGGAAAUGUUUAAAAGAGCACUGUUGAUGGAAUGACCUCACAGAUGACGGCUAGGAUUCCAUCCAAUAUAUUGAAGUAACUGUUAAUCAAAAAAAUAAAACCUGUAUAGUUUUUUACUUCAAGCACUGUUUCAGUUCAUAUCAGAAUUACAUGUUUUAAUUUUCUUAUAAUUAAUACAAUUGUAGAUGUGAAAAGAAUGAUAUCUGUGGAAGGGGAAAUUCAUAAAUAUUUAGACUUCAUCUUGGGAGUCUAACGUCCACUAAUAAACUAUGAAUAUUCAGGUAUUUGACUAAAUAAACUAGCUCCAAAGUAAUCACUAAUGUAUUUUUGUACAAUUUAUUGUCAUAAUAUUUGUUUCGUGUUAUUCUACAUAUGGAUUACUAAUAAAUGUUCGUCAUCUAACCCAUUAGCACUACUUCUACCAUUUACUUCCUGGUUCACCGCUACACCUCUUUAACGUCCUCCUGAAGGAGAGACUGUGUCAUUUGACCUUUCAGUCCUCCAUUGAGGAAGAACAUUCACACUCUUGUCUGAUGACUACAACUAGAUAUCUCUCCCUUUGAAAUCAGAGCUUUUCAUGAGGGUUGUAGUAAUAUUUCCUGCCUUAACUCCUGUGCUAAGACCCUAACUGUUAGAUGUGCCCUUCACGUAGAGGCUGUCCUGCCCUUUGCUUUAGCUCCUGUUUUCCCAUGGGAUGUAUUUCAGAUGUUUGCUUAGCUGAUAUUGGUUUUGACAGGUAUAGCAUGUUUUAGGCUGUGUAGCAGACCAUGAUUUCUUUGCCUUGUAAACAUACUAUGUACAUGUAGAGAAUAUCAGCUAUAUUUGAUGAUGAGAUAGGGUUGUAUGCACAGGUCAUAGAAACAAUACACUGAAAGGUUGAUGAGGUCAAUCUGUUAAGUAAACAUCUAAGAUACUCUCCUAGAAUGUUUGUAUGUCUGUACCUGAUAAUUCAAGCCAUUGUCCGUGUACAAAGGUAUCUCGUUGUCACCAUUUUUAAGAAAGACAAAGGACACUCGCCACAAUUUCCUUAUUCUCCAGCAGUUUUCCUCCCCCUCUUAGUCAUAUGGAAUGAGCCGUUCCAGCUCCCCACAUGCACUUCAUUUUAUAUGCUCCCAUUAAGAGAAACUAAUAAUAAAGUAGUUUGUGUUUGUGUUCAGCUUUGUUUGAAUCAAUUUAGGUUUCAAAACCCUUAGAUAACUUUUACAAAGUGUGAUUUGGCUAAUUGUUUGAGAAUGAGUUAUUGCUGUCAUCCCUGCUUUUGUAGGUCAAGUAGACAUUCCAUGCAGCACAUAUUUUGUUACAAAUUAUAUUUGUUUAUUUUUUCAUCUAAUCAAGCCAGCUUCUCAACACUGAAAAUGUUGAGUACACUUUUGUGGACUCAAAAGCCAUCUGAGGAAACAAUCCUUUGUUAAGUUCUUAACACAAUCGGCUUUUUCAUAUGGACAUAUAGUUCCUCCUGGUGACAUUGUCCAGGUUUGGUUAUGUUUCAGUUUUAUUUUUAUGCAGUUUGGAGCAAGCUUUCCCUAUAAUGUAAGAAAGAGCCUUAACUCUAAUAGGAAAUAGGUAAUCUGUCCCCAUUGCCUGCAUACAUUAGUAUUUGAAGUUAUAUUACCUCGUAUAGAGUUUAUGUCCAGUGUAUCUAGAAAUUUUAACAAGAAUCACUAUUUGCUCCUCAGGGGAUCAAAUUUAACUAUGCAUGAGCUGGCCCAGUAGGGAAAAUCCUUCAUUAUGAAAUACCAUUAUGACGUGCUAAGAGUCGCCACCUUCCUUGGGAACUUUGAUGAAAUACACACAUGUAGUUCUUCCUUUGUAGUGAAACUUUUAUGUAAUGACUGCAUUACAAAUUAUUUCACGCAAAAUAUAAAAGGGUUAUAAAUAUCAAAGUUUGGAUGAUUAAAUUGAUAGUCUAAGAUGUGCCUACGGUCCCCUGAAAAGCAAGUAUUGUCCUGCAACUUGACUGGAUGUUCACAUUUAAGAGAUUUGAUUUAUACAUAAGGACCAGACACUGUUAUUUGUGUCCAUAGUUUAAAACUCUUGAAGCCAUCCAUUUUGUAAUGUGAUUAAUGUAUUUUGCAUUCAUAUAAAGGAAUAAAUACCAGAAGAUAU